GGUCUGGUGGCCCGCGCCCGGCCGCAGGAGUGUCAGGGUCCCUCCUGCCCUGCCCGGCUCUGCUGGCCUCUCAAGGCUGCCGGGGGCGUCGCCCCCACCCCUGACAGCAGCAUGGACGCCCCCCGAAGGGACAUGGAGUUGCUGAGCAACAGCCUGGCGGCCUUCGCGCACAUCCGCGCGAACCCCGAGAGCUUCGGCCUCUACUUCGUGCUGGGCGUCUGCUUCGGCCUGCUGCUCACCCUGUGCCUGCUGGUCAUCAGCAUCUCCUGCGCGCCCCGCCGGCGGCCCCGGGGACCCCCACCGCGCCGGGAUCCCCGCAGCAGCACCCUGGAGCCCGACGACGACGAGGACGACGACGACGAGGAGGAGGAGGACACGGUGACGCGACUGGGCCCCGACGACACCCUGCGGGGCCCCGAGCUGUCCACCGAGCCCGACGGGCCCCUGGUCAACGUGUUCACGUCGGCGGAGGAGCUGGAACGCGCGCAGCGGCUGGAGGAGCGCGAGCGGAUCCUGCGGGAGAUCUGGCGCACCGGGCAGCCCGACCUGCUGGGCUCGGGCACCCUGGGCCGCAUGCACUAUUACUGACCGGCCACCCGCGGGCGCUGGACACGCACGAGCGAGCGAGCUCAGAACUAGCUGCCCAUGGGCUUGGGGCCGCGCCCCUGCUCGAGGUGCUCAGGGGCCCCAUCGCUCACUGCGGGCUUCCUGGUGCUAUUGGGCAUGUGGCCCAACUCCCUGGAAUUGCACCUUUUCCCCUUGACAGCUGGAGCUGUGGGGAGGAGGGCAGGGACCCCACCUCACCUCAUCCCAUCCCGUGGAGGGAG